AUGGGUGGUUGUUCUUGUAUCUCUGGUCUUGUGGCUGGUGCAGCUGGUGGUACUGCUGUAGCACUACUGGUCUUUGCAGUACUAACCCCUUAUUGGUACAAUCUGGAUGGUGUGAAUGUCUCAAUUCGAAAGGGAUUCGUUUGUUUGGAGGAAGAUGAUAGACUCUGUAAGAGAACGCAAAAGAGUUUGGUAGGUGGAGUUUUUAAUUAAUGAUCUUGCCAUUUAUCACACUCUAAAACUUUGAGUCUCUUUUAUUACUAAAUCCAAAUUUAUGACAUUUAAAAAAAAUGGAAGUUCCGUAGAAGAUUUUCAGUGCAAAUUCCACUAAAAAUCUUCCACUGAACUUCCACUUUAAAAAGUCUUGAAAUAGCCUAAAAACAUCAUUUCCGAGGUUUUUAAAAGUGGAAGUUGCGUGGAAGAUUUGUAAUAUAUUUUGCACUAAAAAUCUUCCACCAAAUUCCACUUUUAAAAAGUGUUAAAAACGUGUUUUUAAGCCAUUUUAAGAUGUUUUAAAAGUGGAAGUUGAGUGGAAGAUUUUCAGUGGAAAUUACAUUACAAAUCUUCCACUCAACUUCCACUUUAAAAAAAGUGUUGUUUUUACUUUUGAAACUAAACUUUUUGAAAUUUUUUAGUUUGUAAAGAAAGUUCCUUCCAUUUUGGGCCCAUUUUCAUUGUGUUAUAUAAGAAAUGUCGUCAAAGAUCACACUUUUCAGGCGAUUAAGAACGAGAAUGUUGAUCAAGCAGCGGAUGGCAGUUUCACAACCACCGACAUCCAAAUCUCGUUCUAUAUCUUUUGUGGCGGCGGUGGAAUGGCAGUUCUGAGUGUGGUAAUGGCGGCUUUUGGCUUGUGCACGGCUGGUGGUUUUCUUUUCAUGUUUGGGGGCAUCUUCAACUUGAUCAGUGCUGCUGCUGUUGGCACGGCUUUUGGAUGGUUUUUGAAGACUUUUAUGGAUCCGGAACAGUUCAAGGAACAACUUACUUAUAGUAAGGGCUAUUUUUAUUUUAAAGCCUCAGGUGUGAAAGACCAAGUAGGCACUGAGAAUUACUUUGGCACAAGCUUCUUUGCCACCGCCGCUGCUGCUGGAUUGUUGAUUAUGGCCGCUCUUUUCAACUUUGUUGCUCCGUGUUUGAAACCAAAACAUGAACGUCACCACCAAUGA